CUCAUUCAUUCAUUCAUUCAUUAAAUCCUGCAAGGACAAUUUGAGUGACAGAUCUGAAUAGAGAUGGCAGAGCAUUUUGCAAAUCAGGGAAAGGAAUAUGCAGAUUCAAGGCCAACUUAUCCACCACAACUCUUCCAAUUCAUUGCUUCUAAAACUCCCUCUCACCACCUCGCUUGGGAUGUUGCCACCGGAACUGGUCAAGCUGCCAAAUCUUUAGCUACACUGUACGAGAAUGUGAUAGCCACAGAUGCUAGUGAGAAACAACUUGAAUUUGCAGCCAAGCUUCCUAAUAUACGAUACCAACACACCCCAUCAACAAUGUCCAUGACUGAGCUUGAACAAUUGGUGUCACCUCAAGGAACCAUAGACCUUGUGACCAUUGCUCAAGCCCUUCACUGGCUUGAUCUAUCAACCUUCUACAAACAAGUCAAUUGGGUUCUCAAGAAACCUCAUGGUGUUAUUGCUAUUUGGUGUUACACUUCACCAAGUAUUAAUGAUGCAGUUGAUGCUUUACAUCAUACGUUAUAUUCUUUUGAUGCGAGACCUCAUUGGGAUCCAAGACGCGAAUUACUUGAGGAUAAUUAUAGAAACAUUGAUUUUCCGUUUGAGCCUGUGGAAGGAGUUGAUCACACAGGACCAUUUGAGUUUGAGGCGGAGACUGUGAUGGAUGUUGAUGAUUUCUUGAAUUAUAUAAGAUCGAGGUCAGGUUAUCAGAUAUCAAAGAAUAAAGGGGUUGAGCUUCUUAAGGAUGAUGUUGUUGAAAAAUUCAAACUUGCUUGGGGAGAAGAUGGUAAAAAGAUUGCCAAGUUUCAAGUAUAUUUGAGAAUUGGAAGAGUAAGAGAUGCUUGAAAAUAUGCAAAUGAUUGUUCUCGUUAGUGUGAUCAGAAACAUAUGUUAAGUGGUUCUGUUAAUUUGAUGUCCCUCCUUAUAAUAAGGAUCAAGUUCUAAUGUUA